AUGCAUCAUUUCCCAUUCAGGGACACAUCAAUUAUCAAUGUCCUAUAUCGUAACGUGCCUCUAGGUAUAUUCCCUAUGCACCAAGUCCCAUAUGGUAAUGGGGUCUGUAGGGAGACACCCUAUAUUUACCUAAGGUCAUGGGCCAAGGAUUUGGGUGUACCUAUCGUCUCGAUAGACUACUCAUUGGCUCCUGAACAACCCUUCCCUCGAGCUUUUGAAGAGUGCUUCUUUGCCUACGCAUGGGCGGUCAAGAACGCACCGUAUCUAGGAUCCACAGGAGAGCAUAUCUGUCUAGCUGGGGACAGUUCUGGAGGUAACCUUUGUACAGCCGUAGCCAUGAGAGCAGCAUCCUACGGCAUCCAGGUCCCUGACGGAAUCGUCACCAUGUAUACACCUUUUGUUAUUCAUCACUCCCCUUCCCCUUCUAGACUACUGUGCCUUUUUGAUCCGCUUUUGCCGUUUGGAGUCUUGAUGCGAUGUCUCUCCGCCUACGUCGGUCUUAAGGAGGAGUUCAUGUCAGAAGAGAAGGUGUCGACCGUGGUUGACACCGCCAAUGAUCGCAUCCUCGGUUCCCCUAAGAGGUCUUCCAUCAAGUCAGAAGAAGGUUCACCUGUUGAUGGAGAGAUGGAGAAGAAACUUGAAGAGGAGGAAGAGGAGAAUGGUAACAGUACUAAAGUGACCACACCAACGUCGAAGGAAGGCAUCAACGGGGAUAUCAUCGUUCCACCACCAACGGACACUGUCUCUUCGUUCAUGGAGGAAGUCCCUCCAACAGACAUUGAGAAGUUAGAGCAAGUCAGUGAUGCCAUUGACAACGCAACGAUAGGUCAAGGUGACGGACAAACGGAAACCAAUGGUGACCAGUCCAGCACCGAAGCCAUCGCAAUCUUUGACCCUUCUCACCCUCCAAACUCGGAGGAUCUUUCAAUCAGUCUUCCAGCGGAUGUCGAUGCCAUCUCCUUGGACUCCAAACCUGAGGCAGACCGUGAGUCAGAGGACACCGUGCCGUUAUCACCAAAGAGCAGAGAAGAUCUUCACCUUGAUUUGAAGGAGGAAGGACUAGUAACGGAUGAAGACGUCCAGACUCCUACAUCCUUUGUGAAUUCACCCAUCAGGGUUUUCAGGGAUGCACCUAUCAUGAGGAAUCCUUACGUCUCGCCUCUCUUCUCGGACGAAGAGCUUCUCAAGGGCCUUCCUCCUGUUCAUAUUAUUGGUUGUGCGUUAGACCCAUUAUUGGAUGACUCAAUCAGCUUUGCUAGGAAGCUUCGUGGCAUGGGUAAGCCCGUCUUCUUGGAGAUAGUCGAUCACCUUCCCCACGGCUUUCUAAACUUCUCAACGGUCGGCAAGGAAUGUAAAGAGGCGUCCAUGGUGUGUGUACGCCACAUUAUGCAUGUGCUCUAUGGUUUCCAUGACGAUGAGUUUGAAACGCUAUCAGAUUGAGCUGAAUCCAACCCAGCGAUAAACUGUCAUCUAGUCAUUUUAAGAUGUUUGUUCAUGUUGUGUCAACCUGUCAACUACUGAAUACUCUUUAUGUCCGUAGGCUUGAUACAUGGGCCACUAGGCUUCAGUCUGUUCAAAGUGUGGCGUUAUCAUCAGGUAUGUGUAUAGAAAUUGACAAAACCUUGCUUAUGAUAUCCAGAGUGUGGAAUUACCAACACAGAUAUGCCCAAAUGGGGCCAUGUAUUCUAAUCCCAGGCACAAGUGAACAGAGUCACCCAUCUUUCUUUGCUUAUUAUUCAUUGAUUCCUAGAAAUACGAUUAAUUUAUUUAAUGGACUGAUAAGAGAUUUAAACUUGGCUCUACUGUGAGCAUAGCUGUCGGUAAAAUGGAUGAAACUUGCUGUUUUUGUAUCCUUUUCAUGUACUGAAACCCUAUGGAUAAAUCUUAAUGGGCACAACUCACUGUUGUUUUUCAGUAGGGCUACAAAAUGGCUCCAAAGCAGCUAUAAAAAGGGGUGAAAACGGCUACAAAGCAAGUUGCUCAAUGUGAUCCAUGCCUAUCUCAGACCUGCCAACCAGUACGUUUUAGCCGUAUUUAGUACGUUUUUGCAACCAAAAUACGGCAGUACAUUUUUUCUUUUAAAAAUACGUUUUUUUUUUUUUUUUUUUUUUUAAUCGUAAUUUAUUGAGAAAAAUCAUCUCUAUAUGUCUCUAUAUCAUAAAACGUACACAAAUAUGGUUAUUAGAUCAAUGUAAUUUCAGGUAACUUUUUUUUUUUCAAUCAUUUUGUAAAAACCAGGGUGAGAUAUACACAAGUUUCAAUGGGUUUUUUUUUUCAUCUGCAAGAGCAGUGCGCAUUUUAGCUUGCAUGCAGCUUGAGCGCCGUGAUGGGCGAGUGCGCCAAGCAUUUUAUUAUGAAAUACAGUUUUUUGUAUCACAGAAUACAGUUUUUCAUUCCCAGAGGUUGGCAGGUCUGCUAUCUAUACUGUAAGAGUCUCAGAAAUUUCUACAUUGAUGGGUUAAAUACUUGAAAGUUAGUCAAUAUACACUGUAUCCCAAAUUUUGCCAAGCUUUCCUUCUCAUUUGUCUUAAAUAUGCAUAUCUGAUAAUGUACUGUUGUUUGAACUUGAAAGUAAAAUAGUGUUAGUAAAAUCAAGGAGGGCAUUCACAACUCCUAAAGAUCGACUGAAAUUGCCAUAACCGUGGCAGGACAAUGUUUGCUGUCACCAUUUUUCACUUACGGAUAUCUUAGUCACAAAUCUAGAUAUUUAUAUUUUUGUAUUUUUCCAAAGAAUAAUAAGAAAGAGGAUGAAGGAGUAGAGAAAGAACGGAAGAAGGGGUGAAAAUAGAGGAGGGGAAGAGAAGAAAGAACAGAAAGAGAGAGAGAGGGAGACAUUCUGGUUAGCCAAUCAUAACAAUGCUUGCAUUUGGUGUACAUGAUGAGUGUAACCAACCAGUGGCAAUGGAGGUUUCAUUAGAGAUUGAAUUUGUAUUUUGAUUUGAUAAAAUACAUCCCAUGCUAUUUGUUUUCUCUUUACAGUAUACAAAGAAUGUAUGUUGGAAUCUUGUGGUUUCAUAUUAUAAACAUUUUACCAAGCCAUGAUGACUCAAGAGAACUUGAUGAAGUGAUUGAAUGUCAAUUUAUUUCACAUUUACAGCUGCCUUCAUUAUUAUUUAAUCUCAAAUAAAGAUGAAUAUUUUAUAUAUUUAUGCAUGCAUGGAAAAUAUAUCAGAGUAGUACAAUCUCAUAAAAUGUCAUAAUAUAUUCAUACUUUUACAUGAUAUUUUCUGUAUAAUUUGGUCUGUGAUAUUGAAGGAGUUUAUUAAUUAUAUUUGGUUUUGUAAAUUUCAUUUUCAUUUAUAUUUAAAAGAUGCAAUCAUCGUGUGUAUUCUGUUGUAAAUCUCUGGGGAUAAUUUGGAGCACGCUGCAAUCUUGUGUCUUGCAAACGAUUAAAAUAAGCUCGCAGUCACGCCGACGAAAACGACUCUAGGGUCCCGUAACACAAAGUUUAGCGAUUAAGGUGACAGGUGCCCUAAUUUUUUUUUAUUUUAAUGAUUUUAUUUUUUUUGUCUCCUUUGCUAGUUUCAUGUGUGUACUUCAUCAUGCAACUUGUUUUAUCUCAAUAUUCUACCUCUUUUUUUAAUAAGAGGGGGGUUAAAACAUAUUUUCAUAAAAUUCUCAAACCGGAAGUAGUAUUUUACACACCGGAAGUGAUUAAAUCUGUCCCCAAAACCUUUGAUACUGCCUUAAAAAAAAUCAGAAAAUCCCCAGAUUUUUUUUGGCUGAAGCCCCAGAUAUUCCAUGUAGCAAAGUGGACUACCACCCUCUGUUGGCCAAAUAGGGAGAGCUACUGUAUUGCACAAUAUGGCAGCGACUACAAGUUACAUACACUAUGUGACAGACAUGGCGCGUUACAAAUGUCCGUUAUUAUUAGUAUUAUAGCCCUUUCUUUAUCGUGAUAUUAUACAAAAUUGAGGGUUUUUUAAUGAAAAAUGUAAUAACUCGAGUUCUAAUCAUUGGAUUUGCAUAAAAUUUUGUAGAAUUGUGUAUCUUGAAGAGUACAACAAAAUAAUGAUAGUUUUUGUGCAUGGUACCCCCACAGGUGGAGUUGUGUAUAAAAGUCCUUUCUGAAUUUCUCAUUAUCUGACUGCUAGUUUAAUCCAUAAUUUUUACAAUUCUACUCUGAAUAUUUCUUAAAGCCAUCAUAAAUUCAUCACAAAGAAGUCAGAGAAUUAAAUUAAUCCAUCAAAACUUAAAUUACACUCUUUGUUGUGAAGUUAUAACCAUAGAAAGUUCAUAUAGAGAAAAAUCAUGAUUUUUAAAGUCAUGACUUUGAAUGACCAUAUUUUGCUUAUGCAUAAAGCUAAUAUGCCACAGUGCAAAUUUUUGUGUAGAUCAGCUCAUAAGCUUUCCAAAAAUAUAUAGUUUGUUGGGGUACAGGUACUUAGUAAGAAUCCUAUGCUUGAUUAUAUACCCGUAGUCGUUUCCGCACGGUAAUAGGGCACCUGUCACCUUAAUCGUACGCUUGAUUUUUAUGAUCAAUUGUACAUGGUAGUCAGUGCAAUCAAUUGUAAAAAAAAUAUGUUCUACGAUGAUUGCUAAACUUUGUGUUACGGGCCCCACACCGAUUAAAACUAUUACAUCAUUUCAAUUUGGUGGAUUCACAAUAUGUUGCGCCACCUAUUGGUUGCAGCGGACAGGCCGAAAUUCGUGAUGCCUCAUGGGAAAAAGUCGACAUCUGCUGAGCGCGCUAGUACAUUAUGCUGUAUGACUCGGACGGUUUGCAUAAAAUUAUUCUGUUAUACCAGGGUCUAGGAGCUGGGAGAGAAAUUCGCUGCAAAUUUCUUUAGGAAAUUUAGACCAUUUUCGGUGAAUUCUUCCUCCGUUUAUCAUAUGGUUUUCAUAUUUGAAGCAUCUUUACACCAGCGCUAUUCGCUGGUUGGCCUGGCCUGCGCGUGAUGUCGACCCAAAAGUUAGAAAUUGGCCUGUCCGCUGCCUACCGAUAGAUGGCGCACCGUAUUGUGAAUCCCCCGAAUUGUCACAUCAUUGGUCGGUUGGGAGUCGGGUUUCAUCAGUGUGACUGUGACGUCAUAUUGUGUUCUAUUUUCGAGAUUUUCUUAUUUAUUGCCUUAAACUAUGAGCAUUUCUUGAUGUACAUAUUUAUAAUUUUUAUAAGCAGGUUUGUUUAUUUUUCUCGAAUGUUUGAUUUUUAUACUAGCAAUAUGAUUGAAUGUAAGAGGUGGAUGGCCAAUAGUCAGAAUGUAUUCAAACUGAAAGUUAGUGUGGCAAGAUAAAACCAGUAGAUUUCCCAUACUCAAGAGCUUGCAGUAUGAAGGGUUAGGAUGAAUUUGCUUGCCUGAUACAGCACCUAUAGGGCAUGCAGAUAUCUUUUACUUCCAUUUACAUCUACAUGUACUGUAUUAAGUUAUAUAUAGUUUCGCCAUUCCAAAUAUUCUGAAUGUCUGGAUUUGCUAUAAUUAUUAAAGAUAUUUUUUCUAUUUACACAGGCCAUGUUUGGAGCGUAUUCCAAUGACAUGUAUUAAUGGUAACUCAUUAGAUUGAUAGUAAAUCAUUUAAACAUUACAAUUAUUCAUUAAGUCCAUGACAAAUGCUUAAAAAACAAAUUAUUUAUUGAAGAGACAAAACCCAGGGUUUCCUAGCAUAUUUAAAAUACUCAAUUCAUUGAAAUCAACCCAUGCUUUGUGGAAUGUAGAUUAUCGGUUUUCUGUAAAUAUUUCAUGCACAACUACUAAUUUAGAUUGAACUCAUCCUGAACAUCAGGUGUUUAUUAUGAUUUGUAAUUUCUCACCCUAUUUUUGUAUAUUAUGUAUUUUCUAUUGGACACAGUUAAUGCGGGAGAGGACAGUUGAGAUAUAAGUGAUUGAUCAGGGGGGGGGGGUUCAUGUGAUUCAUGAUGAACAUUUUUUUUCAUUUUGAUUUUGUGUGUUGGUUGAUUACUUUGUUGUAUAUUUUAAAGCACCUGUAAUUUUGUUCUUGUGAAGAAAUUACCAUCAAGUAUUCAGGAAACAAGCAUUUAAGAUGGUGUAUUGAUUUAUUCUUUAUUUUUUACUCUAUUGAA